AUGAACCCUGCCCGACCCGUCCGGCCCUCACCGUUAACAACACAUCAGUCGGGUAUGCCGUUGGAUCUGCUGGAACGACUCAGGUCGUUUCCAUUGUUCCAGACGGCGCCGGAGGAGUUCUUGGCUGCAAUUGCAGCUUCCAUUAGACCUCAGCAGCAUGCUCCCAGGGAUUAUAUCCUGACUGAAGGUGAUGAGGCUAAGGCGAUGUACUGGUUGGUUCGGGGUGCUGUGGCUGUAACGUCAAGGGAUGGGGAGAGCACGUACUUUGAGCUGAAACCUGGGGCGUUCUUUGGGGAGAUCGGUAUUCUUAUGGAUAUCCCCAGAACGGCGACAAUUAUUGCUAGGACAAGAUGUCUUCUGGUGGUUCUUACUAAGGACGCCUUACGAAGAGAGCUGCCUAAGUUCCCGGAUGUCGAGAAGUCGAUCAGGGAGGAAGCUAUGGAAAGAUUGGCAAUCCUGGAGAAGAAGAAGAGAGAAGGUGUAGGGAAGCUAAAGGUCCCCGGAGCCAUUGGACUUGCUCACACUGGCGGUGGCGAGCAGUCCAUACCCAUCGGAGCCGCGAUGCUAGCUGCGGAAGGUGGAAGCUCUUCGUUCGUGGUUUCUGCAGGAACGCAAAGAAAAACCCUUACAGAAUCUGUAUUGGCUACGGGAGAAUUGAAUAUUCGGCAAGUUCUCAAGGAGCUGCCGCUGUUUGCAAACCUUCCGGCUGAGAUACUACACUUCCUUGGAAUGAAUGCUACCCCAAUGUCUUACCCACCGUUUACCCCGAUUGUCCUCCAAAACUCGCCCGGAACCGAGAUUUUCUUUAUAAUACAGGGAGAAGUCGAGGUUGUCGACCACAGCGCCGAAAUCUCGUCGGCUGGUAAUCAUACGCCGUCAUUCACGCCGGAGAGUGGGAGGGUAGUGGCCAAGUUACGGAAGGGGGAUCAUUUUGGUGAAGUUGCCGGUCUCGGGUUAACCGCAAAACGUAUGGCAACCGUUAGGACUAUCAACUCUGUUGAAUGCCUUGUCAUUGAGGGUAAUGUAUUAGAGGAGCUCUGGCGAAGAUGGAAUACGGAAAUGAAGCGUGAGGUUGAAGCUACAGCCAGGAGAAGAUUGUCGACUGCGGAUUCGGCCGAUACUGAUAAGAUGGAAGUUGACCCUCUUUCGGUUGGAAACAGCGGGCACUCGACGCCGACGUACUCGAUCUCUCGGAUGGAUUUGGCAGAUGCUUCUGCGAAACUUGCGACACAUUUGAAGGACCCUUCUCACGCCGAUUCCCCGUUGAAACAGUCACUUGCUCCUCACUCCGAACAGCCGGAGACGACUUUCCCUGGUAUCAAUGUUAUCGAGCCAUUGGAUCCCGAUCCGUUCCUGCCUGCGGAUUUUGAUUCUAUGCGAGCGAAAAGCAGACGCGGUUCAUUAGCCCCGCCACCACCCGCGCCCACGGUGCCUACCAGCGGGGAAGCGGACAUCGAACGACCUAUAUCACCCUCCCCGAACAAAUCCAAGCACCCUACCACUCCCCCAGAACACUAUUCGAGUGCUAAGCGAGCUCGAAUCGUCCAGCGAAGAACGACACAGUUUAAUAAAGGGGCACUCAAAGACGACAUUCUGCUCAAGAUUUUCGAGUAUAUGGAGCUUCACGAGUUAAUGCGAUUACGACAAGUCUCGACACAUUGGGCCAAGCUUUUGAACACAAACCGAGAUAUUCUUCGAGUACUCGACUUGAAACCCUAUAACCGAGUAGUCACAGAUGAAAUACUAAUAAACGUCAUCGUUCCAUUUGUUGGAUCUCGCCCCGAAAUCGUCGAUAUUAGUAAUUGCUACCACCUCACCGACGAAGGAUUUACAGUACUUGCUAAUGUCUGCGCUCCUAACUCCAAAAUCUGGAAGAUGAAGAGCGUGUGGGAUAUCACCGGCCAAGCUAUUCUCGAAAUGUCCAACAAAGCAAAGGGGCUCGAGGAAAUCGACCUCAGCAAUUGUCGUAAAGUCAGCGAUACCCUCCUUGCUAGAGUCACAGGCUGGGUGGUCCCCGAAAUGCAUCCCAUGUACGCGCAAAUGCAAUUCCAGGGCGAUCCGGCAAAAGCAAAACAGCAUGAACUUCUCUACCCGCCCCCAGGAACGGUCAUCGGUUGUGCUAAACUGAAGAAUAUGACGCUUUCAUACUGCAAACAUGUUACGGACCGGACAAUGUCACACUUGGCAGUUCAUGCUGCGGCUCGCCUAGAGAAGGUUGAUUUGACACGCUGUACAACGAUUACGGAUCAGGGUUUCCAACAUUGGAGCAUUACGCGCUUUCCGAAUUUGACGCAUCUGUGUCUUGCGGAUUGCACAUAUUUGACUGAUAGUGCUAUUGUGUUUUUGACGAAUGCGGCGAAGGGGUUGAAGGUUCUCGAUUUGUCGUUCUGUUGCGCCCUUUCCGAUACAGCAACUGAGGUUCUUUCUUUGGGUUGCCAAUCCCUCACCUCUCUCAAGCUCUCCUUCUGUGGUUCUGCAGUCAGCGACUCUUCUUUACGAGCGAUAAGUCUGCAUCUCCUCGAACUUCGCGAGUUAUCCGUCCGUGGGUGUGUUAGAGUUACUGGGGUCGGUGUUGAAGCCGUUGUUGAAGGGUGCACGAAAUUAGAAAGCUUCGAUGUGAGUCAAUGUAAGAAUCUUACGAGAUGGUUGGAAGCUGGCGGCGUUGAGAGGUGUAGAAGGACCUGGAAGAGGAAUAUUAGGUUUGAUACAGUGGCGAGGAACACGGAGGCAGGGAAUAGGAUGCGGUGA